AUGUUCAAAUCAUGUGACUUUAUUAGAUCAUGUGACAAUACAAGAUGGCAGAUGUAAUCAAAAUAGCGGUAUUUUUGUUAGUAUGCGGCAUCUGCAGAACAUAUGCAUAUAUUCCGAAGUUCCACCGAGGGAGACCAAAGGGUGGAAUGUUGGGAAGGCCAAUGGUAAAGUCGUUCCAUGCGCUUCCUCCUGAUAUGUGGGUUACACAAAGAUUGGACCACUUCAAUGAUGCUGACACAACGACUUGGCAACAGAGAUACUUUGUUAAUGACACAUUCUACAAGAAAGGCGGUCCAAUAUUUGUGAUGAUUGGCGGGGAAGGAACAGCAGAUCCAAUUUGGAUGGUUGAAGGUGCAUGGAUCGACUAUGCCCAGAAAUUCAAUGCUUUUUGUCUUCAACUGGAACACAGAUUUUAUGGGAAAAGUCAUCCUACAAAUGAUAUGGGAACAGGUAACAUGAUAUUCCUGAGCAGUGAACAGGCCCUGGCUGACUUGGCCUAUUUUAUUACUUAUGCCAGACAGAAGUUUGGAUUACAAGAAAACAAACUGAUCACAUUUGGAGGGUCUUAUCCAGGUUCCCUGUCAGCCUGGUUCAGAUUGAAGUACCCACACUUAGUAGACGGUGCCGUCGCCUCCAGCGCCCCAAUUAGAGCCGUGCUCAACUUUUAUGAAUACCUGGGUGUAGUGACCAAUGCCUUGGCAACAUCCGGUCAAACUUGUAAUAAAAACGUGGCCGCCGCUACGGAUAGUCUACAGAACAAACUACAGUCUGACGUCGGCCGAAAGUCACUCAAAACUAUGUUUAACAUGUGUGAUGACCUUGACCUCAGCGACCCUGACUACCAGUUAGAUGUUGCCAGUCUGGUGAGCAGUCUGGUGGGCAACUUUGAGGGCGUUGUCCAGUAUAAUAAAGACAACAGAGCAUUUGAGGGUGCUGUGGGGACUAACAUAACAGUGGACACACUCUGUGGGGUGAUGGACGACGUGUCUGUAGGGGACCCUCUAGACAGAUACGCCAAAGUCAACAAGAUGAUCCUUGCUGCAUACUCAGAAAAAUGUCUGGACUUUAAGUACAGAGCCAUGAUAAAAGAUCUCCAGAUGACUUCCUGGAACAGCAGUGCUGGGGAAGGAGGUCGGCAGUGGACAUACCAGACAUGUACAGAAUUUGCUUUCUUCCAGUCUUCCGACUUGAGUAACAAAACUCAACCUUUUGGCAGCUUCUUCCCCUUAAACUUUUCAAUACAGCAAUGUAUUGACAUCUUCGGGGCCAAAUUUGACCGUGACCUCAUUCAGGGUGGGGUCAACCGAACAAACACAAAUUACGGAGGAGAAUUCAUCAAGGUCACAAAGGUCGCAUUUCCAAAUGGAUCGAUUGACCCCUGGCAUGCUCUUGGCAUCAUCGACGAUUCUGUGGCCGGGUCUACAGCUGUCUAUAUUGACGGAACAGCCCAUUGUGCUAACAUGUACCCUGCCACAGACUCCGAUCCUGCUGAACUAACCAAGGCCAGACAGGUGAUCGCAGGACUUAUCUCAGCAUGGAUCUCCUAAUAGUCAUCAAGGGCCUGUCCAACAGCUCAAAUCUUCUCCCAGAUUGCACUGCAGUAUCCAUAUAAUUCAAGUGCCAUGAUCAAAGAGAAUUUCAAAAACUUCAUUCCAAAGAAAGAUGUAUUUAUAUGUACAAAUAUACAUUUAUAAAAUAGAUGUGUUAAAAAUAACAAAAAAAAAUGGCUAUAAAUAUUG